AUGUCAGAGGAAUAUAUUCGUGCUCAAGAGAGAUAUCCUUAUACUGCAUUUGCUAACCAUGUCAGGGCGAUCAACUAUGGAAAUUCCUAUUUCUUUAGGCCUAUUAAAAUGAGUGACAGACGGAAAGUUGAUCCCUUCAGAGCUUGUGAGUAUUUUAACAACUUCUUAUCCAUCAAUUUUUUUACUGUGAUCGUUGUUGGUAAUAUUGAUCCUGCCACUGCUUGCCCUCUGGUACUGAAGUAUUUGUUAAGUGUUGGCCGGAUCCUAAGACCUCCGAAGCCAAUCCUAAAUUUCAAACGUGAUGAACUCAAUGGCUUGCCAUUUACUUUUCCGUCCACUGUAAUUAGGGAAAUUAUGCGGAGCCCCAUGGUGCAAGCUCAAUGUUCGGUCCAAUUAUGCUUUCCGGUUGAGCUUAAGAAUGCAAAUAUGAUGGAAGAUGUUCACUUGACUGGAUUAAUAAGCAAGCUUCUAAAAACAAAGAUAGUACAAGUCCUCCGCUUUAAGCAUGGGCAGGUGCGCUCAUGA